AUGCUGUCCUGGAUUCAAAUAGUGCUUCUAUUUUUCUAUUUCGCUUCUACGAACUGUCUUCAGUGUACCAAGUGUGAUACUAUUAUUCUAUCAUUCGAUCGUCCAGCGGAUUUCCCAUCGAAAUGCGAAGGACAAAUGAUGGAAAGUGUUGCUUGUCAAGCAGUAUUUCAUAUAGAUUAUCUAGCGAAGGAAAUCCGGUUGGAUUUAGCAAAUGGCGAUGCUCUGAAUCGAACAUUUGAAAUCAAUCUUUUAGUUAAAAAUAAAUUCGCUCAACCGAAAAUGUUAUUUUCGAAUUUCACCUACAAAUGUAAAGACGCAAAUGAUUGUGCGAAGGAAUUUUAUCAAACAACAAUAUCAACGUUGAUCAGUAAACAAUCAGUUUUAAACGAAUUACAGAAUGAAUUAUAUGAUCCGACUAUCAUCAACGUUCAACAAUGUGUAGAUAAUCAUAAUCAACCGAAGUCGUGUAUCAAUGCUUACGGAUGCCAUGGAUAUGAAAUUAUCGAGAAUAGGAGACCUGAUUUUAAAGGUGAAUGUAGAAAUACAAGCUCGCAGACUAUAUUUCAAUAUCUAUAUUAUGAUAUUACACUUGUACAAGGUAGUUUGGAACUUCCCUUGGAUUGGAAUCAUCUUGGUUACAGUUGUAAUAAGGGAAAUUUAUGUAAUACGCAAGAAAAAAUCAAACAGAUGAUUCAAAUAGCAAAUGGUUAUUAUCCAUGGGAAUUUAUCGACGGUCAAAGGAUCCGUUAUCUUUAUUUUUCAUUCGAUUCACAAUAUCAACACGUAGAGUGGCCAGAAUUAGUUGAACGAUCGUUUCAAGAAGCGUCUCAAGCCAUACUUGGUUCCGAUAGUACUCUUCGUCCUUACAAUGCUUGA